UAAUAAUUUGUGUCAUAAUGUCACGGGGGGAAGUUUGAUUUUAUUUAAGCAUGCUUUUACUUUGAAUUUGCUGUGUUUUUGUCUUAUUUAUUAUUGCAUGCUUUUAUUUUGAAGUGUGUUUGUGUUACGUUGGUUUUACUUCCCCACCGGAGACAUACCUUAAUCAAGCAUAAGGACUUACACCUGGCACCCAGAGAGGGGAGUGACUGUUCUUGGAUAAAAAGGACACUAUGGAAGAUACCCGGGGGCACGAGGGAGGACACAGAGGGCACGAGGGAGGACACGGAGGUCACAACGGGCCGGACAGCAGGAAGCAGACAGAGAGACAGAGCAGAUCAUCGCACUGGAAGAGGUCUGAAGAGACACCGGAGCAAACACCGACCGUUAGCGGCUAUAAUUGGGAGAAGGUAAAACUUCUCCCUCCCGCGUAAGUCCCGUUUCAGACCGGUGUUUGUGUAGUGUGUAAUAUAUAAAGUUGUGCCUUGUUAAAGGACAUUGACUGGCCCUGAGUUUCCCUCGACAGGCUGCCGAAGAGCGGAGCCAGGUGAAGAGCAGGUGGUCGCCACCAGAGACCCGCGACUGCCGUUGUUGACUUCCCACUCCAUCCGUGCCACAUUAUUUUAGCUGGGUUUUAGUUGUUUGUGUUCUUUGUUUAGUUUAUUUGAAGGUAGAGCUUUUAGUUGUUUUUACUUAUUUUAAAAUAAAUUGUGUUCAACUGUGUUCCACUGGCUGUACUCAUUGUUUUAAAAAUAACACUGUUUACUGCUCUCCCCCGACAUAAAAGAACCUGUUUACCCUAACUUUAAUUUGGUGAUCCUAAGAGGUCCUAGGCCUCAGUUAAACCUAGGUGGCGUUGUCGGCACUUGUGUUUUAAUUUAUCCACCCUUAGCACGGCUCACAUUUUGGCGUUGUCGGCAGGAUCGGGUACAGAGAGCAGUGUGGUGUAUUUUAAAACAGUGAAUAUGAUGAUGCCUGUAUAUCCUGGUGCCCCUUGGCUGCCAAAGUUUAAAGGACCAAAUUGUGACCUGAAAUAUCAUGACUGGAAGGAGCAAAUACAGGGCUUACUUGGAGCGCAAGAGCUAGCAGAGGCCAGAAAAAUUGACAUUGUGUUGGGUGCGUUAGCUGGGGAAGCCAAACGGCAGGUCAGUGUUUUAGAGGAUGACGAAAGGGAUAGAGUACGCAAAAUCUUUCUGUAUUUGGACUCUCUAUAUGGAGACAGAACCCCCGCCCCAGUGUUAAGGUCUCAGUUUUUUAGUUGUGUCCAAAGACCAGACGAGACUGUGCCCUCAUUCAUUCUAAGACUAAGAGAGCUGUAUUGCAGGUUGCGGCAACAUGACCCUGAUGGAACUCCCCCUGACACAGUCCUGCGAGACCAGCUGCUGUUGGGGCUGCGUGAAAGUUCCCUGGCUCAGGCCCUGAAGGUCUAUGCCCGCCGUAACCCUGAUGAAACUUUUUCUGCACUCAGACAGGAGGCGCUGCUGCUUGAUACAGAACAUGGGAACCCCCAACCGGAGGUAAUCUGUGCUUCUGUGUAUAAACCAAAUGUGCCUCCUCCAUCACAGGACACCAGCUGGAGAGAGACCCUGAAAAGAGAGAUCAUGGAAGACGUGAAAUCUCAGAUGACCGGACUGACCCAGGAACUGUUGCGAGAGAUUAAACCGCUCCUUCAACCAGCUGUUAUUGCACCACAGCCCCUAAUACAGCCCUAUAGGGAGCGACAACGAUCAGUUUCCCAGACGAACACCUGGGAUGAGCAAGACGUUACAGAGACAGCGGGUUUGGAGGGAUGCAUUUGCUACAUGCAGACACAUUGAGGCUACCAUGACAGAGGACGGGAUGUUGGGGUACGUGCGGCCAGCCAGCCGACGGGUCAUCAAAAUUCCCCCAAAGAGUGAAGUACUGGUGUGGGGUCGGGCUCGGAUGAGCCUGGGGGGAAAAGAUUACUGUGCCCUAAUUGAAGCGCUGCCUGAGACUUGCAGUGUGAGGGUGGCCAGGACCCUAGCAGUGAUAAGAAAUGGCAGAGUCCCUGUGAGAGUUUUUAACCCACACCCCUACUGUUUGAUGCUAGAUCGGUACCAGAAGCUUGGCAAACUGUCCCGGGUGGAUGAAGCGGAUGUACAUGGAGCCUGCGACCUUAACCUGUCCCUUGAAGGUGAUUGUGUUGUUGGAGUGACACUGGUAAAUGCUGCAGUUGACGAGGAGGACCAGAAGCUGCCGAUAGGGGUGAGUGAACUCUCCAACAGGCCUGAUCUGUCUGAGCAGCAACAGGAGGAGCUGCGCGCCCUGCUGCUGAAAUGGCAGAAGGUGUUUGCACAGCACAAUGAGGACUUCGGACGUACAGACCUGGUACAACAUCGCAUCCAUACUGGUGAUGCACCACCUAUCCGAGAACGACAUCGACCUCUUCCCCCUGCCAUGUAUAAAGAGAUGAAAUCCCUACUCUCAGGAUUGAAGAAACCUUGACCAGUCUGACCAGAGCAGAAUGGUUUUCUACUCUUGACUUAGCCAGUGGCUAUUGGCAAGUUGAGAUGGACACCCAAGACCAGGAGAAGACCGCCUUCACCACACCGCUGGGGCUGUAUGAAUUUGAGCGUAUGCCCUUCGGCCUGUGCAAUGCGCCAGCUACCUUCCAACGUCUGAUGCAACAAUGUUUAAA